AUGCAGCUCCUGGGUGCCACGCUUUUCCUGAGCCUUGCGGCCUGCGCCUUCGCGGGUUAUCUACCCAAUGUCCCCGCCGGUUACACCGCCUACCGUGUUCCCCUUAGCGGUGGUGCUGCUGUUGCCGCUGCCCCAGCCGUAGCCGCUGCCCCAGCUGUUGUCGCCCAUGCCGCUGCCCCGGCUGUUGUCGCCCAUGCCGCUCCAGCUGUCAGCUACGCUGCUCCAGCCGUCAGCUACGCUGCUCCAGCUGUUAGGUACGCCGCUCCAGCUGUCAGCUACGCUGCUCCAGCUGUUAGGUACGCCGCUCCAGCUGUUAGGUACGCCGCUCCAGCUCCAGCUGUCAGCUAUGCUGCUCCAGCUGUCAGCUAUGCUGCUCCAGCUGUUAGGUACGCUGCCCCAGCUGUCAGCUACGCUGCUCCAGCUGUUAGGUACGCUGCCCCAGCUGUCAGCUAUGCUGCUCCAGCUGUUAGGUACGCUGCCCCAGCUGUUGCUCAAACCGUCGUGCACCAAGCCCCAGCUGUGACUGCCGUCCACGCCGCCCCAGCUGUCGCCCACGUUAGGCCAGCCCUCGGAUUGGGCUACCAGGCUGGACUUGGCUGCGCUUACGGUGGAUUUGGCUGCUACGGUGCCGGACUCGGCUACGGCGCCGGAUUCGGCUACGGUGCCGGACUCGGCCUUCGCUACGGAGGAGUCGCUGCCCCAGUUGUCCACCAUGCCCCAGCUGUUGCCUAUCGUACCGCCGCUGUUGCUGCUCCCGUCGCCACCUUCGGAGCCGGUCUCGGCCUCGGCCACACCCUUGCUGCCCCAGUUGUCCACCACGCUCCAGCCGUCGCCGCUGUUCGUCCAGCUGUAACCUACGCUGCCCCAGCUGUUAGGUAUGCUGCCCCAGCUGUUAGGUAUGCUGCCCCAGCUGUUGCCCAAACCGUCGUGCACCACGCCCCAGCCGUCGCUGCUGUCCGCCCAGCUGUGACCUACGCUGCCCCAGCUGUCAGCUAUGCUGCCCCAGCUGUCAGGUACGCAGCUCCAGCUGUCACUGCCGUCCACGCCGCCCCAGCUGUCACUGCCGUCCACGCCGCCCCAGCUGUCACCCACGUUAGGCCAGCCCUCGGAUUGGGCUACCAGGCUGGACUUGGCUGCGGCGCUUACGGAGGAUUUGGCUGCUACGGUGCUGGACUCGGCUACGGUGCCGGAUACGGCUAUGGUCUCGGCCUCCGCUACGGAGGUGUCGCUGCCCCAGUUGUCCACCACGCUCCAGCUGUUGCCUACCGUGCCGCCGCUGUCGCUGCCCCAGUCGCCACCUUCGGAGCCGGUCUCGGCCUCGGUCACACCCUUGCCGCGCCUGUUGUCCACCAAGCCCCAGCUGUGACCUACGCUGCUCCAGCCGUUAGGUACGCUGCUCCAGCCGUCAGGUACGCUGCUCCAGCCGUCAGGUACGCUGCUCCAGCCGUCAGCUACGCCGCUCCAGCCGUCAGCUACGCCGCUCCAGCCGUCAGCUAUGCCGCUCCAGCACCAGUCGUUCACCACGCCCCAGCCGUCGCCUACCGUGCCGCUGCUGUUGCUGCUCCAGUUGCCACUUUCGGAGCCGGACUUGGCCUCGGCCACACCAUUGCCCAUGCCCCAGCUCUUGCCCAAACCUUCGUCCAGCACGCCCCAGCUGUUAGGUACGCCGCCCCAGCCGUCGCUCACGUGAAGCCAGCACUCGGAUUCGGAUACGGAGCCGGACUCGGAUACGGAUACGGAGCUGGAUUCGGAGCCGUUGCUGCCCCAGUUGUCCACCAUGCCCCAGCUGUUGCCUACCGUGCCGCAGCUGUCGCUGCCCCAGUUGCAACCUUCGGAGCCGGUCUUGGCCUCGGUCACACCCUUGCCGCGCCUGUUGUCCACCAAGCCCCAGCUGUGACCUACGCUGCUCCAGCCGUUAGGUACGCUGCUCCAGCCGUCAGGUACGCUGCUCCAGCCGUCAGGUACGCUGCUCCAGCCGUCAGCUACGCCGCUCCAGCCGUCAGCUACGCUGCCCCAGCCGUCAGCUACGCUGCUCCAGCUGUCAGCUACGCUGCUCCAGCCGUUGCUCACGUCAAGCCUGCCGUCACCUAUGCUGCUCCUGCACCAGUUGUUCACCACGCCCCAGCCGUUGCCUACCGCACCGCCGCUGUUGCUGCCCCAGUCGCCACCUUCGGUGCUGGUCUUGGUCUUGGCCACACUCUGAGCUACGCUCCAAGCGUCGCUGCUGUUAGGCCAGCUGUCUCCUAUGCCGCUGCCCCUGUUGUCCACCAUGCUCCAGCUGUCGCUGCUGUCAGGCCUGCCUUCGGUCUCGGCUAUGGCCUUGGCUACGGCUAUGGCGCCCCAGCCGUUACCGCUGUUCACCACGCUCCAGCCGUCUCCUACCGUGCCGCUGCUGUUGCCGCCCCAGUCGCCACUUACGGUGCCGGUCUUGGACUCGGCCACACCCUUGCCGCUCCAGGCUUCGCCACCUACCAUGCCCCAGCACUGACUGCUGCCUAUGGUACCACUGUCCACCACGCCGGUGACCACCUUAAGGUCCUCUCUCCAUCUGCUGCUCACGGUCUCUACGCCGGUGCCGAGCCCCACGUCAAGGUUCUUGUCCCAAACAAGAAGAAGUAAAUUAUAGGUAGAACUAUAUAACCGGGCCUGUAUGAGACGUCUACGACCGACACACCCAGUAUUUAUUGUCCUGCGUCAGGAUAGAGUGCCCCGAUAUGAAGCAUGUAUUGCUGUAAACAAAUGUCAGUCAUAGGAGAAUAAAAACAGU